UGUGACCUUGUGGUAGUUUAGUCGCCAGAGAAAAACACCCAAAGAACAUUAUGGAGCUGAGUUUGGAUUUGAGUUUGACCUUUGCCCCCAAAACCAUUUCUCUGCUUCUCGGAGACGUUUCUCGUAGCAUAGAUACCUCUGAAAAACUUUCCAUGCUCGAGGACUUUGUGCAAAGAUUGGAGGUUGAAAUGAGGAAGAUCGAAGCCUUCAAACGCGAGCUUCCUCUUUGCGUGAUCCUUGUAAAUGAUGCUGUAGCAAGAUUGAAAGAGGAAAAAUUCCGGUGUAUGGGAACGCAAGAUGAACCUGUUACUGAAGAACUCAUGCCACCGAAAACCAAUUCUGGAGGAAAUGGAAAUAGACCCUUAACCAUGGGAAAGGAAAGCUGUGACAAGAAGAAUUGGAUGAGCUCAGUUCAGCUAUGGAGCACUGAAACCAAAUCGAAGAGUGAAGAAAAUGUUGGGCCUGUGCCCGAGAACCCAAUUCAACCACUGGAUAAGAAGAAGGGUAGUGGAGGAGCAUUUAUAGCAUUUAAUGGAAAUUCGCGUGUCCCCGAGACAGUGUCGAAGGAGGUUUCACAAGUUCCGAGCUUUAGUUUGAUGACUCCAGCAUCUGAAGUGAGUCAUAAUAGCAAUUCCAAAAGUGGUUGUGGAGGUAAUAGUUCUGCCUCGUCUUUGCUCAAUCUUGAGUUACAGGAUCAACCACAACCACCGCCACAUCUGCAUCAGAAUCCAAGGAAACAAAGGCGAUGUUGGUCGCCUGAGCUUCAUCGGCGUUUUGUUGACGCGCUUCAACAACUGGGUGGAGCACAAGUGGCCACUCCUAAACAGAUUAGAGAACUGAUGCAGGUGGAAGGACUCACAAAUGAUGAAGUAAAAAGCCAUUUGCAAAAGUACAGGCUUCAUGUUAGAAGAUUCCCAGUUUCUUCAGUUGGCCAGGCUAGUAAUGGCUUAUGGAUGACCCAAGAUCAAUGUGGAGAUAAAUCAAAGGGAAACUUAUCACAAUCUGGUUCUCCACAAGGUCCUCUUACACCUCUCCUCAUAGGAGGGUCUGUUAAAGGUCUUUCAAGCCCUGGAAGAAACAGCAUGGAUGCAGAAGAUGAGCAAUCAGAUUGCCGGAAUUGGAAAACUGGGGUCCAUCAGCAACUAGAAGCUGAUAAUCAGAGCAUCUAAAAUUUUUGCAGCUAAAUAAUAUUAAAAUACAUAAAUGAAGAUCCAGAAUUAGACAACAUAAAAAUAAUAGACCUAACACAGAACUAUAGAAGGGCUCAAGUUUGUGCUAUAAUUAUUUUAUAUUGUUCUGGAGAGUGCCACUGAGACUUAGCAGAAAUUUUUCCAGGUUUUUUCCCUGUUAUAUAAAGAGGUUUUUGUUGUUAAGUUAUAACAAGUAUAUUAUUGUAUGUAGCUGUAAUU